AUGGGUACUGUAUGCAAAAUAGUUUAUCAUUACUAUGGGAGGACUAUAGAGAGAUAUGUAGACCCAGAUAAAUAUGGAUACCUUGAUAUGGUAUAUGAUGUCUACAGUUCAGUCUUGAGACAUAUCCCUAAGGGAAAAACAGUGACUUUCCAGAUGAAAUUCAUGUUACCUGAUAUGAUUCAAGAGAUGGAAGUGAUGUGUGAUAUGGAUGUUUUAAAAAUGUUUUGUGUGGCUGAACAAUUGGAUGCAAGUAGGGAUGAGGUAAGCAGUUUGGCAGUUAGAGAGGAUGAGUUUCUAUCAACUAUGGAGACAGCCAGAACUGAUAUUCAAAAGCGAGGUGGUCCUAGCACCAUAAGACCUAAAAAGUCUACUAUUAGGAGAGGUGGUGCCACUACCAUGGGUAAUAAUAUUGUGAGGUUUAAUAGUAAGAGUAUUGGCACAGUUGGUGCAAAUACUGAGACUCCUUCUACUAUCAGAUCAUCAAGUAGAAAUUGUGCUAAACUUAGUGAUACUGUUGCUGGUUUUGAGCAUGUUCAGACCGCUAGCAAGUGUGCUGGAGGUGUUGGUGUGGUAAAGGUGUCAAGUCAGAGUACAACCACUAUAGGGGAUACUAAUGCUAAAGGGGGUGUACAUGUUGAUUCAAGUAGCCAGACUGCUACUAUACAGGAGAGUAGUGCUCAAGGGGGUGAAGAAGAUGAUUCAGGUACCAAGGAUGCUACUGAUGAUGAGGGCUUUGAAAUGUCUGAUCCAGAUGAUGAAGAAUGGAAAGAGGAUUCUGAGGAUGAAGUUGAAACAUCUACAGAUAGUAGUGAUAGUGAGAGUGAUGGAGAUUCUGAACAUAGUAAAUCAGAGGUAGAGAGUAAGGAUGAGUUGUCUCAUUACCAGUUAGAUGAAGCGGAGGGAUUAAAGGGGGUAAAUCAGGAGGGUGAAAGAAUUAGCCAACAAGUUGGAUAA